AUUUUGUAACUGGAGAUGAGUUAUUUGGAAGCAGACAGGUAAAGGCGGAGCCAGGUGAGAAAGACAAAGCAGCAGCCAGGCAAGCGGCAUUAAGGAAACAGCAAGGAACUGAGCAGAGAGUGUCACACACUGGGAACCAGGCUUGUACAAUGUUACCCUCUGCGGUGAGAAGGUGGCUGAACAAACCAAAGUACUGAUUCUGACUGCUGAAGCACUGGAAUGUAAACCAACUAAUCUACAUUGUUUCAAGAGUCAGAACCAGGGAAGUCUGACCCACGGCUUUUGGCAAAGUUUUUUUAUGUCAACGAGGAAGUGUCUGGCAUCGUCAAUGAGUUGGAAAGCUUGGACCUAAGGAAAGACCCCCAAAAUUAUCUGGUGCUGCUUAAUCAGCUGCACAGUAGCCAGGAACGCAUGCUGGGUGUUAUAGAACAAAUUAUGGAACUAUGUGUACCAACAAAGAGACAACAAAGAGAUUACCUCCUGAAAUUCCCUGAUGAGGUUGCACAUGAAAAUAUGACCACUCACCUGUUGUUUUCAGCAGAGCUUUUGGUAGGUGGCACCUAUAUUGAAGUGGAGGAGGCAGAUGGCAGUUUGCUCCGUCCCUUGGCACAAGAGCUACUACGUAGCCUGGCAGAUCUACGAUUUGCAUUGAGAGAACAAAGCUUUGAGGACCCUGGGUCGUACCCAGAGACAAUACACAAGGCCCUGCUACACUAUGAUGCACUUUGCGCAGAGUUUGAGUUAAGGUAUGUGUCCUUGUUGGUCUCUGUUAAGACCCCAGAGGAAAUUUAUUCACAGCAGGAAGUAGCAGUACUCUUCUGUGAAACUGUUUCCAGGGCACUUAAAAAAGGAUAUUUAACCCAAGAAAUGAUUGAUCAUUGUGAGCCGGAGCUGAUGAUUUCUAUUCCACGUCUGGCUAUUAUCAGUGGUUUGCUUAUUUAUCCUGAUGGGCCCUUGAACUUACAGAAGCAGCCUGAAGAAAUGUGUGAACUCUUCAGACCAUUUCAUGGCCUACUUAAAAAAAUACAGGAACUGCUGUGCAUACUUACUGAGCAGGAGUUGAUCUCCUUAGAGAGAGCACUGUGCUGUGCAUCUUCAGAUGAUCCCUCAGGGCACCUGUCUGCUAUCUCAGAGUCUCCUAAUAAAUGGAAUUUUAUAAGCCACGCCACUGGAACACCAUCAGAGCCCAAGUCUACAAUUAUGGGCAUUUCAGAAAAUCCAAGACCUGAAGUUCCAAGCACUUGGGAAACCCAUUCAAUAAGCAUUCAAUGCCAAUCGCCAGUGACAAUACACAGCAACUAUGCCUCUAAUUAUUGCAAAAGUGAUCGUAGUAACAGGACAUAUAGAGACCAGGGAAUUAUUAAAACAGUUGGCUUUGAACAUUCAGGAAAUGCUGAAACUGAGUAUGCAAGAUCACAGCAUCACAAUCAGCAUGUAAAAUAUGCACACAGGAAUUUGAGAUUGCAGCAUGUGAGAUCCCGUUAUCGUAGUGACAGUGACAUGCUGCACCGCCUGUUUGUGUGCAUUGCAGGUGUUGCUGACCAGCUACAGACCAACUUUGCAAGUGAUCUUCGUGUUAUUCUGAAGACAGUGUUUGAAACAGUGAGCUCUAAACAACAGGAGGAAAGGGAAAAAACUACAGAUAAUGCCUUCCGGUUAUCUGACUGUCACCUUUGUCAAAGCAAUAUAGAGCAUCACACAGUGGCUAAAUCAGUACCUCCAGAAUGGCUCCCAGACAAUGCCAGUUCCCAGUGCAUGAGCUGCUAUGCAUCUUUCACUUUACUGCGCAGGAGGCAUCACUGCCGUAGCUGUGGGAAGAUCUUCUGUUCACGAUGUUCUGCAUACUCAUCUACCCUACCUUAUCUUGUUUCUACCCACCCUGUCCGAGUGUGCUCUCAUUGCUACCGUGUGCACUGCAAUCCCCUGGACAGCCACAAAAUGGAACAAGACUGGACUGAAGCCUGACAAGGGCUCUGCUGGGCACAAUGCCAUGCACAGAUAUCUCAGACUGUGGGCAAGGGCCAGUUUACUUCUAUUUAGUUAAUGACUACUGGUUUACAAACAUUUGCACUUAUUUUAUUAAGUGCCAUGUUACUUUUGCUUCUGCUGUCCAGAUUCAGGAGUUGAGGUUGUCAAGGUAAAGCCCUAAUUAUUUUGCUGGGUUUUUAUUCACUAUAGAAAACACUUAAGCAAUUUUUUGUGUGUAUGUUUUUUUUCUUUUUUAACAAACAAAAUCUGCAGUUAAAUAAUAUAUCCUAUAGAUCUCCUAAAUUGACCAGCAUACCCCAUACUGUAUGAGCCACUGUGAGGUUUUCAUCAGCCCUCGCUAAAAGUUUCCUUAUUGUAGAAUUGCACUGUGCUCUUAUAUAGUGCAAGCAUCGAUUAGGUUAACAAACCCUGCAAGUGUUGUGUGAAUCCUUUUGCAGGAAUGCUUUGUUUCCAAAGAUUUUAGCAGGAUCUGAUAGCAGAUGUUAUGUAUUUUUUAGUAUUUAUAAGCUAAAACUAAAUAAAUGAAUAAAAGCAACUCCAUAUUGCACAAAACAAAAUUAUUUGGGAAAAUAUCAAUGAUAGUGUCCCUUUAAAAUGCCACUUUCUUUUUAAAUCUGUCAGCUGUCAGCUCCAACAGAGAGGGUGGAUGAAGUGUGUAUUCUUGUAUACACACUUCUUUACUAUAGACUAAAUAUGCAGCAUUUUGCUUGUCUUUCAGCAUGACUGAAAUAUAUUUAAUUUUUUAUUUACCUAGUAAGCCAAAAGGAUAUCAAUGUGUCUCAUAUUCUAACAGUGUACAGAAGUUGCAAAAAGGAAAUAUCCAGGAUAUAUCUCAUCUGGAGACAAGCAGGUAAAUCAACAUGGUGUUGGUAACAAA